AAAACUGAUCCUGGUGCUUAUCCAGAGAAGGUUUCAUACUUUCAUUUGGAAAUAACGUACCUAACAAAAGAAAGAAGAAGAAGAACACUUCUGCGAGCUGUUCUGUGAUUGUUGGUUAGUCAGUUGUGACCCACCGUUUAAGAACCACUGGACUAGAGGAUGAUCAACGUCACAGCCUGUUUAUGGAAAAAGAUGAGCUGCAGUUCCUGUAUAAUUACAUCAGCAAGAAAUGGAGAGUCGCUUCACCAAAGGCAAGUCCGCCAUCCUGGAGCGGCCGCUCACUCGAGCCAAGACGGAGGUGAGCGUGAGUGCGUUUGCGCUGCUCUUCUCGGAGAUGGUGCAGUACUGCCAGAGCCGCGUGUACUCCGUGGCCGAGCUGCAGGGCCGGCUGGCUGACAUGGGCCAAGGUGUAGGGGCCAGCCUGCUGGACGUCCUUGUGAUGAGGGAGAAAAAUGGCAAGAGGGAGACCAAAGUCCUGAAUAUCCUGCUGUUUAUCAAGGUAAAUGUAUGGAAGGCCCUAUUUGGGAAGGAAGCAGAUAAACUGGAGCAGGCCAACGAUGAUGACAAGACCUACUACAUCAUUGAGAAAGAGCCGCUGAUUAACAUGUACAUCUCUGUGCCGAAGGAGAACAGCACGCUGAACUGCGCGGCCUUCACAGGCGGCAUCGUGGAGGCCAUUUUGACCCACAGUGGAUUCCCAGCCAAAGUCACAGUGCACUGGCAUAAAGGAACCACACUGAUGAUUAAGUUUGAUGAAGUGGUUAUUGCUCGUGACAAGACUCUGGAUGGUAGAUAAGACAGCGCUGUUUUUAGCCCUCUGAGGAAAAGUGCCCUUUUCCCCUAACUGAUACUGAAUUUCCAAUAAGGCUGAGUGUUCGACUGGAGGUCAGGGAGAAAGUUCAGCAGUGUGACUGAGGGAGUGAUGUGAUAGCAGAGGUUUAACAACAGAUCACAUGUCACGUAACAACACAACAGAACAUUACAGUGUUGAAUUUUAGUUAGCAAAAGAUCUAUAUUUAUUUGGAGGAGGAAUGGAUUAUUUCAAUUUUUAGUGGUGGAAACUAGGGUGCAAAUAUGGGACUUAUAUAUAUAUAAAGGGAGGGUUUGAACUCCUCAAUUUAAAAAGUACAGAGUUUAGGGGUUCAUAAAAAUUAGAGAUAAUGAAUAUUUUAAUUACAAACACUUAACAUGUCAGAAUAGCACAUAUAAGUUAGUUUUGACCACCCCUACAGUGGGUUAUACCAUUUCUUAACCAAUAUCUCUGCCUCAAGCUUGACUCCCUCGUGACAUAUGCAUUUGCUACGAUGAGAAAUUUUAAUGGCACUGUAUAAUUCACACUGAGUAUUUUCAUGAUCUAAUGAUUCAUUUUUACUGUAAUUGUACUGUAAAUGUUUGGACAAGGACUGGAUAUACUACAUAUCGUCUUUAGCCUUUAUAAAUCUAAGUAAAGUUAAUGUAGUUUUUCACUUUAAAGGUGCACUAUGCGCUCACAAUUCAUUGUGUAUUUGUGGGGGGGUUUUCUUACACCUGGUCAUUUGGUGCUAGAAUAAGAAGCAGCAUGCCGCAGUAUUUCCUCAGUGCUUGUGUUACCACAAGCUUUCACUUCUUCUUUCACCAUGACACAUUCCAUACUUGAAGCUAUAUAUGUUUUUAUUAAAGGGGAAAAUGUACUGUAUUUAUUUUACCUUUCAUUUAUGUUAAUAAAUCAGGCACCUAUUUCAUUAAGAGAACUUUUAAUCCUUGUUUAUUCUUUAAUAAUCAUCAUCAAAGAAAAUUAUAUAACUUAUGUACUGCAAUUAAGGCAAAUACAAUCUUGCACCAUCUGAUGCUAAAUGUUCAAGGUAUACAGGAUUACCUUUUGUGACAUUAUGUUUUUUAUUAAAGUGGCUACAAUGUGA